AUGGAGGUAUCUGGGAAAAUAACUGAGGACACAACGCAGAUCCCGCAAUUAUACUGUCAUCCAUGCGACCAAGACGGAUUGAAGGCGUCGGCUCAUGGCUAUUGUCAAGACUGUCAGGAGCACCUCUGCAAAACUUGCUUUGAACACCAUACAAGGCCAAAGCCAUGUAGGAAUCACAUUUUGCUGGACAAAGACGCAAUGCCAAUGCAGCCAAUUACCGUUGACAUUAACGUGGAUCCCAUAACGGACACAUGUACUAAGCAUAGGGAUAAACAACUGGAUUUCUACUGUAACAAUCAUGAAGUUGUAGUAUGUUACGUUUGUGCUACACUUGAACAUAAACAAUGUAAAGUGGACUAUAUUCCUGAUGUUUCAGGAAGCGUGUCCGACGAGCUAAAACAAUUGACUACAAAGAUGGAUGAGUUGGUCAAGAAGUUUGAAUCAAACAUCAGACGGGCUGAGACUGCGACAAAACAUAUCGAUGAAAGUCAUGGAAAAGUCGUUGAAGAAAUAAAGCUUUUCAGGAAAGAAAUAAACGUAUAUUUGGAUCAGAUGGAGUCAGUAAUGUUACAAGAAGCCGAGAAUCUUACUACCACAGCAAAACUUAAACUCAAGAAUGUGCAAGUUGUAUGCGGAGAGAUCGCUGAGGAAGUGAAGCGUUCACAGUCAGUUUUAAAUGCUUUAAGUAAAGAAAACAAACACAAUAAGCUUUUUAUUGAAAUGAAGAAUGUCGGAUCCGUUAUGACAACACUUGAAGACAAAGGAAAACGCACUAUCGGAGACAACAGAGCAGAUGAUGACAUCAAAUUUGUCCGAAACGAAAAGAUACUUGAACAGUUGAAGAUUGCAAAAAACUUUGGAACUUCUUUAACAUAUGAAGCACCCUCAGCAGAUAAGAAAUUGGAAGUACAAUAUGAAAAAUCAUACGACAUGACAUUAAAAUCUGAAAGUCGAUGCAAUAUCGUUGGAAUGGCAAUGAUUUCUGACACACGAAUGCUCGUGGCUGAUAAUAACAAUAAAACUAUUAAAAUGAUUAAUGCAGACACGGGAAAGCUGGUAUCAAAGAUUACUCUGCCUUCGAGACCAAAUGAUAUUAUAAACCUUCUAGACAAUAAAUUUGCAGUCGCCAUACCUAGUAAAAAGUGUAUACAGAUGAUGUCUUACAAUGACUCAACUUUGUAUUUACAUCAUCGAAUAGAUGUUGGAGAACAGUGUAAGUGUGUAGCUUAUGGUCAAGGUAAGCUAGUAGUCGGCUGUGGUAGUGGCACAAGAAAGCUUGUUAUUUUAGAUACAACAGGAAAUAUGACACAGGUGUUUGAUACCCCUGGAUUCUUUGAUUCACCUGAAAAGAUUGUUAUCAGUAGUGAUGAGAAAUUCAUGUAUGUAACCAAUUACAAGGUCGUAUAUGCUGGAAAGUGUACAAAAAUGGACUGGCAAGGUACUGUUGUACAAAUGUACGAGGAUCAGAAAUAUGUGUUCCCAACGGGAAUUCAAGAGUUAGAAGAUGGAACGCUGCUGGUGUGCUACAAGAACAGUCAAUGCAUUGAAAGACUGUCGAGCAGCUUCAAGAAAUGUGAGGUCGUCGGAUUAGAGGAAGCACACGUUUAUUACCCCUAUGCUGUAACAUAUAGUGAAAAAGAUCACAGACUGUUUAUAAGUUGUUCUUCCUCGAUGUUCUUAAAUGGAAAUGACACAAUCAAGGUAUUCAAUGUAAGAUGGAAUUAG